AUGUCGUCGGCGCACCGUCCUACGUGGGAGCCGGCGAAGGGCAAGUCGGACAUUGCGCACCUGUCGCAGGCGUUUUCGAAGCACUCUCUGCCUGCGCAGACCAAGCUCAAGUUCCGGAAACCGGGCGACCAGCAACGCAAGUCCCUGCAGGAGCUCAAAGAAGAGCUCGCUGCCGGCGAAAAACGGGCCAAGGCGGCGCGCAACCCGGACGCGGACGACGACGAGGAGGAAGAGAGCGACGGGAAGCGGCGCAAGCUCCUCGGGAGUGCCGAGGACCUCGACGCGGAUGACGAGGAAGACGCGCCGAAAGGCAAGGAAAAAGCCGCCGACGAUGAUGACGACGAAGAGGAAGACGAGGAAGACGAGGAAGACGAGGACGAGGACGAGGAAGACGAUACCGAGGCCCUCCUGCGCGAGCUCGAAAAGAUCAAGCAAGAGCGCCGGGAAGAACAGGAGCGGCGCGAACAGCGCGAGACGGUGCAGGACCAAAUGACGCGCGAAGAGGAGAUCGCACGGGGCAACCCGCUAUUGAACCUCGAGAAUGCGCUGCACGGCGACAGCACGGCGCAUGCCGCUGCACCGUCCGAGCAGCGCUGGGACGAGGACCUGAUUUUCCGGAACCAGGCCGCAGGCACGACGGACCUGUCGAAGCGCGGCUUUGUCAAUGAUCUUACACGCACCGAGUUCCACAAAAAGUUUAUGAGCCGUUACAUCAAGUAG